AAAAAAAAAGCAAAGAGAAAACCGAAGAAGCAAAAAAGAGAAAACGAAAGCUUUGUUGUGGAGGAAACAAGCAAAAAUCCGGACGACAAAAAACCACAGUUUUAUUUAUUUUUUAUAUUUUCAGUUUUUCCACUUCCGUUCUCGCAGACUCGCACCGUAUAAAUUUGCUCGGAGGAGAGAGAAGAAUUCCUGAGAAUUCCACUUUCCUUUUCCUGCCGCACCGAUCCGUUACCGCUUUCGUCUUCCGAUCCGUAAGCGUGCAGGCAAAGCAGUAAAUGCUUUAGAUCCGACUGCCUGAUACAGCAUUCGUCGCGUUGCGAUUGCCAUCUUCCAGCUCUCUGCUGUCGAGCUUCGAGUUCUCGGGAUCGCAGUGAGUUGUGCGGAGGGCUUUUUUGUCUGUGAGUCGAGUUGUGGAAGCACCGGAAGUGUUUUGUCAAUGGCGGUGUGAAUUCGGGUUCAGUGGCGGCGUGAAGUGGUUGGUGGGAGGUGAAUUGGAGUUGGAAUUAGGUUUCUGGUGGCGGUUGCGGUGGUUUCUCUGUUUUGGUGUCUUCAAAUGGCAGAAUCUAGGGUUUUGAGACUUCAGUACACGAUGAAGGUCGUAAUUUAAUUGAAUUACGUACGUCGACGUUGAGCCUCUGCAUUGCGACUGGUACGGUUGUUUUAGUUGCUGCGUUAAUUUAUGCAAUUUUGUAUUGAAUUUUGGAUACUAUUUGGGCUUUGAGUUGACUUGGACCUGGCAUGUAUGAUUCCCACUGUUAUUGAGCUGUGGGAAAUGGAAUUAACUUAGUUUGGUGCAUUUCGUGUUGCCGGCGAAUCGUGAACGAGUUUGGUUGCUCAAAUUAUUGUCAUUGUGAGUACUAGCUAGGUGUAUAUGGUGGGGUACUGGUUCAAUUUGCGUUGUAUGGAGUGGUUGGGGUGUCUGUUUUGAUUGUGUAGUUUUCGGUUGUGAGAGAUGCCUCCUUCGCCGUCAUUGAGGUGCUCUCCUGGACGAGAGCCAAGAGGGAACCCUCACAGACGGGGUCGAAGUUUUGAAAGCGCAGUGUUUUUGAAAGACAAAGAUGAAGAUCUUGCCUUGUUCAACGAAAUGCAGACCCGAGAAAAAGAGGAUUUCUUGCUUCAGUCGUCGGAUGAUCUUGAGGACACAUUCUCUACAAAAUUGAGGCAAUUUUCGGGUGUGAAGCUUGGAAUCACCAUUCCGACGCGUGGAGAGAGUAGCGACCUGUUUAAUGUGGAGGGGGAGAAAAAUGACUAUGACUGGUUAGUAACGCCUCCCGACACCCCUCUUUUUCCUUCAUUGGAUGAUGAACCGCCACCAGUUAAUGCACCACAGAGGGGCAGACCUCGAAGUCAACCUAUUUCUAUAUCAAGAUCAUCCACGAUGGAGAAGAGUUACCGAAGUAGCAGGGGUAGUGCUAGUCCUAAUCGCUUAAGCCCAUCUCCUCGUUCGGGGAAUAGUACAAUCCAAUCAAGGGGACGGCCAUCACCAGUACGCCAUUCCAGUCCAACCCCAAGUCUACGUCAUGCUACCCCAUCAUGGAGACCAUCUUCUCCAUCACAGAAACCAUCUACUCCUUCACAGAGACCAUCUACUCCCCCAAGUAAAUCCCCAACACCUCCUCCAAGGUCGUCUACCCCCACACCACGGAGGACGAGCACUGGGUCCGGCAGUAGUGGGGCUUCACCUGGGAUGAGAGGAACUUCCCCAGUAAAGUCAAGUCGAGGGAACUCUGCUUCACCUAAAAUAAGAGCAUGGCAAACCAAUAUUCCAGGCUUCUCCUGUGAUGCACCUCCCAACCUUCGUACUUCUCUUGCUGAUCGUCCGGCAACAUAUGUGAGGGGUUCCUCACCAGCAUCUAGAAAUGGUAGGGACAAUUCCUCCAACUACAGAAGGCAAUCAAUGUCUCCAACUGCUUCUAGAAGUGUCAGUUCAUCUCAUAGUCAUGAUCGAGACCCAUUUAGUUCUCACAGCAAAGGUUCUUUAGCAUCUUCCAUUGAUGAUGAUCUAGACUCUCUACAAUCUCUUCCUGUGGGUAGUUUGGACCGAUUGACUUCAAGAAGAGUUGGUACUUUCUCAAACAACAGAGCUGUGGCCUUCUCAAAGAGGCCAGCCAAAGUGGUGUCCUCAUCUUCUGCUCCAAAAAGAUCCUUUGAUUCUGCCCUUCGGCAAAUGGAUCAACGGAAAGGCUCCCAGAAUAUGUUUCGGCCGCUCUUAUCUAGUGUUCCCAGUAGCACCUUCUAUGUUGGAAAAGCAAGCUCUGCGCAUCGUCCUCUGAUUUCCAGGAACUCCUCAGUCACAACUAGCAGCAAUGCAAGUUCUGAUCUGGGUACUAGUGUUGCACAUGAUAUGGAAGGGAGUGAUCACAACCAGGAUGAUAUGGCCAGUGAAUCUGAGAAAGUGCAAUACUCUGAUGGUCAUGAAGAAGUAUUUGGCUUUGAUAAGAUGGAUGUAGUAGAUGAAGACACCAGGCAUGAUGUCCAUGAUGGCUCACGUGACAUUCAUCACGGCGACUUCAAUAGAGUCACCAGUACAGUGGAGUGUGGAGCAAGUCGCUCGGAAGAUUAUGUUCACCCCAAUAACAUCAUGGAAGUCAGUCCAACCUCUGAAGAUUCUCAUGUUAAGGGUGAUUUUUCAGGAAUCAAUAAUCUCGAAGACAUGGAAACUUGUCCUAAAUGUGGUUGCAGGUAUUAUGUUUCUGAUGGGGUGGAAAGUAACAUUAGAUUUUGUCCAGAGUGCAGUAGGAAAGAUAAACUUCUGACUGUCAUGAUGCCGGAGAUACCUGAAGUUCGUGAAAACUCUCCAGCUUUGUCUGUCGGAAUUGUGGAAGAAGAAAAACCUUUGGAUGUAUUGGAAACCAUGGUGGUUGUGCCUGGAUCUUUACAAGUUUCUGAUUUGGGAAAACCAAACAAUUCCCAGGGUGAAGAGAAUGUCGAUCCAGGCCAAAAUAUUGAUCGUGAGCAAAUCCCUAAUUGUUUACAAGAACAAUCUCUUGUUAGACCAGUGGAGGGAGUUGAGGAUGGACUAGCCAACAAGCAAGGGGUGGUUUCACUAACGGUUGGUUGUAGCCAACCUAAUAGUGACACCGGGGGUCAGAAUUUGCAUCAUUCUAACUAUCCAAAUAUGAGGGCAGACAUUUCAGAAGGUGCAGGCAUUUCCAUACUGCUUAAGAGAACAAGCAGUAGCAAGGGGUCUGUUGUUCAGGGCAGGACUUUCACAGCCACAACCAUACCUUAUGAGAAUCUGUCAUAUGCUAGAGAAAGUUCAAACAGUAUGAGAAGCUCCAUUGGCCAUGGUAGUUUCUCUGCAUCAUCUUCGGUUGAUUUUGGCUCAACUAGACAAACGGAGACUCGUGUGCAGCGACAGUUGAGCAGCAAGAAAUCAGACUUGGAUAGUUUCUCUGCAUCAUCGUCAGUUGAUUAUGGCUCAGCUAGACAAACAGAGACUCAUGUGCAGCGACAGCUGAGUGGCAAGAAAUCAGACAUGGAGAAUCACACAAAUGACACAAAUAUGAAACCCCAAAGCAUUGGAUCAUCCCAUGGAGAUCCAAACCAUGCUCGCCAAACAUUAGGUCUUUCGUCAAACAAACAUGAUAAUGGUUUUGAGGUUACUGUGGGAAAUGUUGAAUAUGAUGUCGCAGAGGUGGCGCCCACAACAUCUCAGGAACGCUCCCUAGCUUCAGAAUGUACAGAACCAGAUGUUACUAUUACAGCUUCUUCCAGGACAACUGUUGCUGAGGAAGAUGAUACUAAGUUCAGUUCUAGCAGUGGAAGAUUUGAUGCUUCUACCACAGAAUUGUCGAGUCAGGCAGUUAGCACUCUGUUAGAGGACAAUUCUGUAGCUCCAUCUCCAAAUUGUGAAAAUUGUGCUUCAGAUGAGUAUGGUGAAGAAUUGAAAAACAAUGCAAGGAGUUCCAUAGAUAUUGAAUGUUCAGUUGUAACUCCAGAUUCAUUCAACAACGAAAACACCAUAAGUGUUGUCCGAGUGGAUGCUGAAGAGACUGCUACUCACAGCUCUUUGAUCACAGUAUCAGAAAUAGAAACUGAAAAAUGUGAUCAGAGUGCCUCUUGUUCAAUGUACGGUGAUGCUUCCCUUGAAUCAAAAAGCGCAAUUGGGGAAGGUCAGGAGCCUUCAGUUCCAAUUCCUUCUGACAGUGAUAUGACACCUUCAGUUCCAGAAACCAACACCACUAGUAAUGCAUAUGGCAUCCUAGAAGAGGAAUCAACCGUAAUGGUUGAGUCACAAGGUCGAAGAAAGGCACGAAGCCUGACACUAGAAGAGGCAACAGAUACAAUACUCUUCUGCAGCUCCAUUGUCCACAAUCUGGCCUAUGAGGCUGCAGUGACAGCGAUGGAAAAGGAAAGUUCAGUCCCUUUAGAAGGUUUUCACCCAACGGUUACAAUAUUGGGGAAAUCCAAUCCUGAGAGAAAGGAACCACGCAGCAGAACUGUUAGUCGACCUUCUUUAAAACCUCAGAAGGGCAAGCCAAAGCGGGUGGAAACAGAUGCUGAGCUUCCUGCUAGUAAGACUGAGAACGAUGAGAAUGUUGACGAGUCUUUGCAACGGAAUGUAGGGCUUCCCAAGGUAGACGGCAUGAAGCCUCCAAAGCUGGAAUCCAAGUGCAACUGCACUAUAAUGUGAUAGUCUCCAUUCUAAUCCCACUCAAAGCGCCCGCCGUGCUUUAUGGAGGAGAUGGUGCUGAGUACUUGUAUUUUAAUGUUUUUUAUUUUUAUUUUUUUUAUUGUUUGAAGGGGCUGUUUGGGGGUACUUGCUAAGUGUUUGUAUCGGUUCCGAUAUGUUUGUAAGAAUCCACGAUGUUUUGGCGAUGUAAUUGUAAAGUUUUCCUCUGUCAUUAGGUGCUGAUAAUUGGUGAGAGGCAUCGGAGGUUUGUGGUUGCUCCGGCCUUGUUAGUGAAUCAGCAAGUUCGAUGUGGUUCAAUUCCUCCACUAGAGUGUACGAGAACCCAAUUCAUUCAUAUUCAUUAUGAUUGUUUUAGAAUAUACCUUGAUUAUUAUUACUAGAUA